AUGAAGAGCAAAAUCUCGCGACCGAAGGACAGGCAACUUGUAUCGAUGGCUUCUCGAGUCUUGAGCCGGGCAGAUGAAACUGACCCGAUCACACCUCAUCAUGCUGUGAAGCCUAGGCGUUCCGGCUUCCUAGGUCCUCGAACCGAAAAAUUCGCCCUCGGUUCAUUGUCCUACCUCAUAAACUACGGCUUUGAGGUUUAUGGAGAUCGGUGUCUCACCGAGAAUCCUAAUGAGCACGGUCGUAAGUUAGAUAAUGAUCCGUUAAUUGGCUACAUUAUCUACAAAUAUGUUGGCACAACAAUUAUGCCACGAUUGCGGAAUUGGCCGCAUACACAGAGACGCUUCUCCCUGGAAGAAACAAUAGGAGGGAGACCAAUGCCAACAAUAUCCGUGCCGGAAUGGCGUCAGACUACGGCCCGUGUUAUCCGCGGGUGGGCGUUAGUGCUCGAUCGCACUAGCGAGGCAACCAAUCCUGAAAUAGCCAAUGAUGGAGAACCGGAUGGCUAUAGCCGUGACACGAGUCAAAACCACUCGAGGAUUUCUCUUCGAAAAAAGUGUUCUGUCAGAGCUUGGAGAAGCGUGGGCUUCUUCAUAAUGCAGCAUCAAGGAGGACAACUAGCUCGGGGGUACUCAAAAAAGAGCUCCGGCGUCCCCGCCAAGCCUGCUUUUAUCAUCAUCCAUUUUUAUGUCUCUCUCAGGUGCAAAACCUGGGACGGACACAAAUUCAGUUGA